AUGGUUGACAGGCCAAACAAGCCCUCGGCGCUCGCCACCACCCCAGGCCUCCCGCCACAGGCCCAAGUCACCAUCUCGCACGGCAACGCCCGCGUCACCGCCGCGCUGCCGACCGGCGAGUCCGUCGUCGUGCUCCUGCACGGCGCCACCGUGAUCAGCUGGAAGGACGCUUCCGGCGACGAGAAGCUAUGGCUGAGCGAGGCCGCCCACCUCGACGGCAGCAAGGCCGUACGCGGCGGCAUCCCUCUUGUAUUUCCCGUCUUUGGCGCGGGAAGCAACGGCGAGAAGACAAAGGACCUCCCGCAGCACGGCUUCGCCCGCAACGCGCGCUGGGAGUUCCUCGGCAAGUCGACGAGCGAGGGUGACAGCGCCAACGUCGUCAAGCUCGACUUUGGCCUCUCUUCGGAGUCGCUGGCGGACGAGUACCAAAAGGCGUGGCCGUACCGCUUCGGCCUGCUGUACAGCGUCACGCUCACCCGCGAGAGCCUGACCACCACCAUCGUCAUCACCAACGACGGCGACGAGCCCUUUGAGUUCCAGACGCUCCUGCACACCUACUUCCGCGUCAAGGACAUCUCGCAAGUCUCCAUCGACGGCUUCGACGGCGCCCCGUACAUUGACCAGCUGGCCAACCGCGCCGCCAAGACGCACGCCGGCGCCAUCACGUUUGACGGCGAGCUCGACAGCAUAUACACGCCGGCGGGCGGGCCGAAGCAGGAGGUAACGCUGUCCGAGGGCGGGCGCAGGCGCGUGCGGCUGGUCCGGGACAACCUCGAGGACGUGGUCGUGUGGAACCCGCACGUGGCCAAGGCCGCGGGCAUGGCCGACUUUGCGCCCAAGGACGGCUGGCGGAACAUGGUGUGCAUCGAGGCGGGCAGCGUCCGGGGCUGGCAGCGGCUCGACAAGGGCGACGCGUUUGAGGGCGCACAGACGAUUCAUCUAUAG